UUGAGGUAAACUUCAAAGAAAAUUGUUACAGUAUUUCAUGUAUACACAAUCUUCUGUGCUUAUUAUUCAGUGGGGAUGAUAUUUAAAAGAUGGGGGUCACCCCUUUCAAAGACUUAGAGGUGGACUUCACAGAUAUAUGACUGACCAAAGAAUUCAGCCCUUAUUAAAGUUUCAGGCAUCACCCCAUAGGUCCAUCACUCCUGAGUUAACCUGGCAAAGCAAUCCAGAUCUAGUCAACCAGACUCUGGCUCCUGAGAUCUCCAGCCCUGCUCUAGCCACACCCUGGAAGCUGGCUGGUCUAUGCACAGCAGAAGCUUGAGGAAUCACCUCUAAAGCGCCCAUAGGACCCAAUCCUCCAGUACUGGGUACUAUUGCUGGAUUCUCCACGUAUCACUUUCCUAAAGACUGAAAUCCUGAAUCCUGCUAUGACUGAUGACGAGCUGGAUACCCCCUUGCAUGACUGCCUAGAAACUCAGUGUUUUACAAAAUAAAAAUGAAAAUUCUUCAACUUGGAGAAGUUUACGACAGACUGUGCAGUGCCUUUUUAUCUGAACGGAAAACAGACCAAGGAUGUCCCUCAUCCCCAUCCCAUCUCACCUAUCCCAGCGAGGCCCAGCCCAUCUCACCGGAGCUCAGACACAGCCUGCAGACCGCAGUGACUGUGCAUCCCCCCCCCCAUCCCUUCGGGCGCCUCGCUUACGUCACUGUUUCUGGCCACAGACCCCCUCCCUCCAUCUCCGUCGCGGUUUCUUUGACAGAGCGCUAUGGCUGCGGCCGGGUCUGCCGGGGUACCGGUCACCGUGUCGGGAAAGCAAGAGUUUUACCAGCUUCUUAAGAACCUGAUCAAUCCAAGCUGUAUGGUGCGGAGGCAGGCAGAAGAAAUCUAUGAAAACAUUCCAGGUCUGUGUAAGACUACAUUCCUCUUAGAUGCUGUCAGAAAUAGAAGAGCAGGUUAUGAGGUGAGACAAAUGGCUGCCGCACUGCUACGACGGCUUUUGUCCUCUGGGUUUGAGGAAGUCUAUCCAAAUCUGCCUUCUGAUGUUCAGAUGGACGUCAAGAUUGAACUGAUACUGGCUGUUAAGUUAGAAACACAUGCUAGCAUGAGGAAAAAACUUUGUGAUAUUUUUGCAGUGCUGGCCAGGAAUUUGAUAGACGAGGAUGGCACUAACCACUGGCCUGAAGGUCUGAAGUUCCUUAUUGAUUCAAUCUACUCUAAAAACGUAGUUCUUUGGGAAGUUGCACUUCACGUUUUCUGGCACUUUCCUGGGAUUUUUGGGAAUCAAGAGCGGCAUGAUUUGGAUAUCAUCAAACGGUUGUUGCACCAGUGCAUUCAGGAUCAAGAACAUCCAGCAAUCAGGACAUUAUCUGCUAGAGCUGCAGCUGCAUUUGUACUUGCUAAUGAGAAUAAUAUUGCUCUUUUCAAAGACUUUGCAGACUUGCUUCCUGGAAUCUUACAGGCUGUGAAUGACUCAUGCUACCAAGAUGAUGAUUCAGUGCUAGAAUCCCUUGUUGAAAUUGCAGAUACUGUACCUAAAUAUCUUGGUCCUUAUUUAGAAGAUACUCUGCAGUUGAGUCUGAAGUUAUGUGGAGACUCUAGACUUAGUAAUCUGCAACGCCAGUUGGCCCUUGAAAUAAUAGUGACCUUGUCUGAAACUGCAACCCCAAUGUUGAAAAAACAUACAAAUAUAAUUGCACAGGCAGUUCCUCAUAUAUUAGCAAUGAUGGUUGAUCUACAAGAUGAUGAGGACUGGGUAAAUGCUGAUGAAAUGGAAGAAGAUGAUUUUGACAGCAAUGCAGUUGCUGCUGAGAGUGCACUAGACAGACUGGCUUGUGGGCUCGGUGGAAAACUUGUUUUACCAAUGACUAAGGAGCACAUCAUGCAGAUGCUUCAGAGCCCUGACUGGAAAUAUCGACAUGCUGGAUUAAUGGCCCUAUCUGCCAUCGGAGAAGGAUGCCAUCAGCAAAUGGAAUCAAUUCUAGAUGAAACGGUUAACUCUGUUUUGCUUUUUCUUCAGGAUCCUCACCCACGAGUGAGGGCUGCAGCCUGUACUACACUUGGACAGAUGGCUACUGAUUUUGCUCCUAACUUCCAAAAGAAAUUCCAUGAAACAGUGAUUGCAGCUCUGUUGCGUACCAUGGAAAAUCAAGGUAAUCAGCGUGUGCAAUCCCAUGCGGCUUCUGCACUUAUUAUUUUUAUUGAAGACUGUCCCAAAGCAUUGCUAGUUCUAUAUUUAGAUAGUAUGGUGAGAAAUCUUCAUUCCAUCUUGGUGAUUAAACUUCAAGAGUUGAUUCGGAAUGGAACUAAAUUGGCCUUGGAACAGCUUGUGACAACCAUUGCCUCAGUUGCAGAUACAAUAGAAGAAAAAUUUGUUCCAUAUUAUGAUAUAUUUAUGCCCUCAUUAAAGCACAUUGUUGAGCUUGCUGUUCAAAAGGAACUCAAGCUUCUGAAAGGAAAAACUAUUGAAUGCAUUAGCCAUGUUGGUCUCGCUGUUGGGAAGGAAAAAUUUAUGCAAGAUGCAUCAAAUGUGAUGCAGCUGUUGUUGAAGACACAAUCAGACUUAAAUAAUAUGGAAGAUGAUGACCCUCAGACAUCUUACAUGGUUUCAGCAUGGGCUAGAAUGUGUAAAAUUCUUGGAAGUGAUUUUCAACAGUACCUUCCACUAGUUAUUGAGCCUCUUAUUAAGACUGCUUCAGCUAAACCUGAUGUUGCUCUCCUGGACACACAGGAUGUGGAAAAUAUGAGUGAUGAUGAUGGAUGGCAAUUUGUAAAUCUUGGAGACCAACAAAGUUUUGGAAUUAAAACUUCAGGACUUGAAGCAAAAGCAACUGCUUGCCAGAUGUUGAUUUACUAUGCUAAGGAGUUAAGGGAAGGAUUUGUGGAAUAUACAGAACAAGUUGUAAAGCUGAUGGUUCCUUUAUUGAAAUUUUAUUUCCAUGACAAUGUUCGAGUGGCAGCAGCAGAGUCUAUGCCUUUUCUCCUGGAAUGUGCAAGAACUCGUGGCCCAGAAUAUCUUGCACAGAUGUGGCAAUUCACAUGUGAUCCCUUAAUCAAGGCUAUUGGAACUGAACCUGAUACAGAUGUACUCUCUGAAAUAAUGAAUUCUUUUGCAAAGUCCAUUGAAGUAAUGGGAGAUGGGUGCCUUCUUGAUGAACAUUUGGAAGAACUAGGAGAAAUAUUGAAAGCAAAACUUGAAGGGCACUUUAAAAAUCAAGAACUGAGACAGGUUAAAAGACAGGAAGAAAACUAUGACCAGCAGGUUGAAAUGUCUCUGCAAGAUGAGGAUGAAUGUGAUGUUUAUAUUCUGACCAAAGUAUCAGAUAUUUUGCACUCAUUAUUUAGCACUUACAAGGAAAAGAUUUUACCGUGGUUUGAACAGCUUCUUCCAUUAAUUGUAAAUCUAAUUUGUUCGAGUAGGCCAUGGCCAGAUAGACAGUGGGGAUUGUGCAUAUUUGAUGAUAUUAUAGAGCACUGCAGUCCAACCUCAUAUAAGUAUGUAGAAUAUUUUCGGUGGCCAAUGCUACUAAAUAUGCGAGAUAACAACCCUGAAGUCAGGCAAGCAGCUGCUUAUGGCCUGGGUGUUAUGGCACAGUUUGGUGGAGAUGAUUAUCGUUCUUUAUGUUCGGAAGCUGUCCCUUUGCUGGUAAAAGUUAUUAAGUGUGCAAAUUCCAAAACCAAAAAAAAUGUCAUUGCUACAGAGAACUGUAUCUCAGCAGUAGGGAAGAUUUUGAGGUUUAAGCCUAACUGUGUAAAUGUAGAUGAAGUUCUUCCACAUUGGUUAUCAUGGCUUCCACUGCAUGAGGAUAAAGAGGAAGCUAUUCAGACUUUGAAUUUUCUCUGUGACUUAAUUGAAAGUAACCAUCCAGUUGUACUUGGUCCAAAUAAUUCCAAUCUUCCCAAAAUAAUCAGUAUAAUUGCUGAAGGAAAAAUUAAUGAGACUAUUAAUUAUGAAGAUCCUUGUGCCAAACGCCUUGCUAAUGUUGUACGUCAGGUGCAGACUUCUGAAGAAUUAUGGUUGGAAUGCAUAUCCCAACUUGAUGAUGAGCAGCAGGAAGCUUUACAAGAGUUGCUAAAUUUUGCUUGAUGCAUGUUAAUGUUACUUGAAUAUCUUCUACCAUAAAAGUAAUUCCAAGUAAUUAUUAUAAAUGGGAGAAUUGUUUUCUCCUUGCCAAGCAGUUUAUAUUCCUUCCCUAUAUGUUUUUCCAGGAUUAGUUAGUGUUACAGCUUUGUGUUCACCUUGCAUGUUUUAUCUCUUAAGCAUAGAACUUGGUGAUAACAUUGUCUUAGAGUAUUUGUCACCUUACCCCUAGUUGAUGUGAAGUACAUAAAUUGUUGCUACUUGUCUGAAUUAUUGAUGCUGGGCAAACAAUAUACUUGUGUCAAGAUGUCAUGCUGCCCAUCACAAGAUGCUGAGAGCUUACAAAGAUAGGAGAACUUCCAAGACAAAUAUCUUUGGAAGUGUGGGUGACAAAUAUAAGCUUAUUCCUCUUGUUGGUUUUCAUGGUAAUGGGAGGAUGCUAAAAUUGGGAGGUACUGCCAUGGAUGUGGGGAGUUUUCUCUAUAUUAUGUGAACUUUUUCAUCAUGUCCUCCUGAGAACUGGGUGAGGCAUAUCCAUAUUCUAGCUCCCAAGGUGUCCAGCUGAGAGUUAAGAGAACUUUAAAAUCUUAGCUGACUGGUCUCUAUUUUUCAAGUUAUCCAGGACUUUAAGAACUAUGGUUACUGGAAGGCUGUCCUGAUGCAUGGAACAUUGGUAGCAUGUAACAUACUAUUCUGCAGUGUUUGACA